GCCGCCGGCACCCAAUCCGCUUUGUGCUUUGUUAUGUAUAUGUAUGUUGAUCUGUCUCCGCGCAGCGUUUGAAAGGUAGGCUACGUAGCCAGUCAGUAAUCAGAGGCGGCUUGAGAAGGAGCUGACGAGCUCAAGACUUCUCCCCCGCCACCCUGGCAGACGUGCCAGGGAUCUGGGAGCUCAGUUGUUUAAAGCUCACUACGUAUCCAACGGAUACGUUGGCCCGUCUGAAUAUUUACUUUCGGUGCUCUACCGAAAGCGCGCAGCGUGUCUGGUCGUGAGUUGCUUAAUUGUGUCAUUUGUCUUGUUUGUCUGCUUGUCUUUGUGUUUUUAGUUUUCUGUUUCAAGCAUGGGACAAACCAUAACCACCCCUCUGAGCCUUACUUUAGAUCAUUGGAAUGAAGUGCAGACCGGCGCCUCUAACCAGUCAAUGAACAUCAAAAAGAGAAAAUGGCAAUUUUACUGCACAUCUGAAUGGCCAACUUUUGAUGUGGGCUGGCCACGGGAUGGGACUUUUAACCUAGAAAUUAUCUUACAGGUUAAGGAUCGGGUCUUCGAUAAGGAACCCCAUGGACACUUGGACCAAAUAGCAUACAUUGUUGUUUGGGAAAAUUUGGCUACAGACCCUCCGACAUGGGCAGCCCCGUUUGUGACUCUCCAACUUCCUCCAAAGGCGGUCUCGGAGAAACCAUCGGCUCCUCCCCUCCCCCCUUCUUCACUCUUGGUCCCUGUCCCGGCUCCAGACCAUCACCUCUAUCCUGUUCUAGAGAAGAACUCCCCCUCUAAACCCCCUAAGUCUAAACCUGUACUACCCCCAGAUGACUCGGUUCUCAUAGACUUGCUUACAGAAGAACCACCACCAUAUCAGCCAGCUCCACCCCUUCCCGCCCGAGCUGCUUGGGAUAAGGAGGAAGGAGAAAGACCGGAUAGCACAACCCCCACACUGGCCGAGGAGGAAUCAGACUCCCCAGUAGCUGGGAGGCUGAGAGGGAAAAGGGAACCCACCCAGUCAGGGGGAACCUCUAGAGCUUUCCCCUUGCGCCAAACGGGGGGCCCAGGGAACCAAUACCAGUAUUGGCCUUUUUCUGCCUUUGACUUGUACAAUUGGAGAUCUCAUAACCCCUCUUUUUCCAAGGAUCCGAUGGUUCUCACAAACCUGAUUGAAUCGAUCCUUAUAACACACCAGCCCACAUGGGACGAUUGUCAGCAGCUUUUACAGGCACUCUUAACUUCAGAAGAAAAACAAAGAGUGUUCCUGGAAGCCAGGAAAAACGUCCCGGGCGAUGAUGGGCGACCCACUCAACUCCCCAACGAAAUCGAUGCUGCUUUUCCCUUAACUCGCCCUGAAUGGGAUUUCAACACAGCUGAAGGUAGGGGACACCUACGUCUUUACCGCCAGUUAUUAAUAAUGGGUCUUCAUGGCGCUGGACGCCGACCUACCAAUUUGGCUCAGGUAAGACAGGUUAGUCAGGGAAUGGAGGAGACUCCUACUGCCUUUCUGGAGCGUCUGAAAGAGGCCUACCGGAUGUACACCCCCUUCGACCCUGAAAGUGAUGCACAAAGGGGCAAUGCACUGAUGGCCUUCAUAUGGCAAUCGGCACCAGAUAUCCGCAAUAAGUUGCAGAGACUAGACAAUCUGCAAGAUUAUACCUUGCCUGAUUUAUUGAAAGAGGCAGAGAAGGUUUUCAACAAAAGAGAAACUCCUGAAGAGAAGGAAGAAAGACUUAGAAAAUUACAGGAGGAAAGAGUGGAAAGACUAAAAAAGGAAUUAGAGAAUAGAGAAAAAGAAAAAGAUCGAAAACGCCAUAGGGAACUUAGUAAACUCUUGGCCACCGUAGUACAGAAUAACACAGGCACAGGGAGACAGGAAAGGAAGGGAGAUAUAAGGAGGCCCCGGGUGGAUCGAGACCAAUGUGCCUACUGCAAAGAAAAGGGUCAUUGGAUCAGAGACUGCCCAAAUCGACCAAGGGGGCCAAAAAGAAGGCCUAACCAACAAGCCCAGUUACUAGCCCUCGGUGAAGACUGAGGAAGUCAGGGCCAGCUGCUCCCCCCUGAGCCCCGGAUAACUUUACAAGUUGGGGAGCAACGCAUCACCUUUCUAGUGGACACUGGAGCUCAACACUCAGUGCUCACUAGUACCCAAGGACCCCGGAGCAGCCGAACUGCCCGGGUACAAGGAGCUACCGGAGAAAAGCAGUAUCACUGGACCACAGAAAGGAAAGUUCACCUGGCCUCAGGUAAAGUCUCCCACUCCUUUCUACAUGUUCCUGAUUGCCCCUAUCCGCUCCUGGGGAGAGACUUAUUGACCAAGCCAAGAGCCCAAAUACAUUUCGAAGGAUCAAGGGCCACCAUAUCAGGCCCUAACGGGACCCCCCUCCAGGUCCUCACCCUACAAUUGGAGGACGAGUACCGACUUUUCGAUCCACCACUCAAACCAACUGAAAAUCUAGAGUACUGGAUCAAAAGGUAUCCCUUGGCCUGGGCAGAGACUGGGGGGAUGGGGCUAGCAAGGCGCCAACCAACCCUCGUUAUAAACCUAAAAGUGACAGCAACCCCAGUCUCCAUAAAGCAGUAUCCCAUGACCAAGGAGGCCUAUGAAGGGAUAAAGCCACACAUAAAAAGACUCUUGGACCAGGGGAUAUUAACCCCCUGCCGUUCCCCUUGGAACACUCCCCUCCUUCCUGUCAAGAAACCAGGAACAGGGGAUCACCGCCCAGUCCAAGACCUCAGAGAGGUUAAUAAAAGGGUGGAAGACAUCCACCCCACAAUGCCUAAUCCUUACAACCUGCUGAGCACUUUGCCUCCAACACAUCAAUGGUAUACUGUCCUUGACCUGAAGGACGCAUUUUUUUGUCUAAGGCUCAGUGCGCAAAGUCAGCCCUUGUUUGCAUUUGAAUGGAAAGACCCUACAUUAGGAGUAUCAGGGCAAUUAACCUGGACCCGAUUGCCACAAGGGUUCAAAAAUAGCCCCACCCUCUUCGAUGAGGCCCUCCACCACGACUUGGCAGAUUUUCGCAUCAGACAUCCGUCAUUGAUCCUGCUCCAAUAUGUGGACGAUAUUCUGUUGGCUGCCACCAACGAGGAGAACUGUCAUGCAGGUACCGAGGCCCUCCUAUUGACCCUGGGGCAGUUGGGAUACCGGGCUUCCGCAAAGAAAGCCCAGAUCUGUCGGGAAAAAGUCACUUAUUUGGGGUAUGAACUUCAAAACGGUCAGAGAUGGCUAACCACCGCACGCAAGGAGACCAUAUCCCGCAUCCCAACACCCCAAAGCUCCCGCCAGUUGCGGGAGUUUCUGGGGACAGCCGGGUUUUGCCGGCUAUGGAUUCCGGGGUUCGCUGAAAUGGCAGCACCCCUUUACAAGCUAACUAAAUCAGACACCCCCUUCGUUUGGGCGGAGGAACACCAACAGGCCUUUGAUGACAUUAAACAAGCUUUGCUUUCCUCCCCGGCCCUGGGCCUGCCUGACGUAACUAAGCCCUUUGAACUCUAUGCCAAUGAGAGGCAGGGCUUUGCUAAAGGAGUUUUGACGCAAAGACUCGGACCCUGGAGGCGCCCUAUUGCAUACUUAUCAAAAAAGCUGGACCCAGUUGCAGCAGGGUGGCCUCCAUGCCUAAGGAUGGUAGCCGCUAUUGCUGUUCUCACCAAAGAUGCCUCUAAAUUAACCUUGGGACAGCCAUUAACUAUCAUGGCACCGCAUGCCAUUGAGUCUCUGGUCCACCAGCCUCCCGACCGCUGGCUGUCCAACGCUCGACUAACCCACUACCAGUCCCUGCUCCUGGAUGCUGACAGGAUUCAGUUUGGGCCAGCUGUCACCCUUAACUCGGCGACCCUGCUGCCCUUGCCAGUAGGGCCCACAUCCCACGACUGCCAACAGAUCCUUGCGGAAACUCACGGAACUCGGCCUGAUCUGACCGAUCAGCCGCUUAAGGAUGCAGACUUCACCUGGUACACGGAUGGCAGCAGCUAUCUACUGAAUGGAGAGCGGCGGGCAGGGGCAGCAGUAGCGGACGCCACCCAGGUAAUCUGGGCCAGCGCACUUCCAGCUGGCACCUCCGCUCAACGUGCGGAAUUGAUUGCCCUAACCCAAGCACUCCAGAUGGCAGCAGGUAAGAAACUCAAUGUUUACACUGAUAGCCGGUAUGCCUUUGCUACAGCCCACAUACAUGGGGAAAUAUACAAGAGGAGAGGACUUUUAACUUCAGAAGGCAAAGAGAUCAAGAAUAAAAAUGAAAUUUUAGCCCUUUUAAAAGCAUUAUUUCUCCCAAAGAAAUUAAGCAUAAUACACUGUCCAGGGCAUCAAAAAGGGGACAGCCCUGAGGCCAUAGGAAAUCGCCGAGCCGAUGAGGCAGCUAAGCAGGCAGCGCUGGGACCUCAACUGUUAACUGUCGCUGUGCCAACUGGCAAAUCAAUCCCUGUCUGGGAGUAUACGGACGAGGACCUGGACCUCGUCCAGAGAUUAGGAGCUGACUAUGACUCAGUCCGCAAUUGCUGGACCCACCAAGGAGAGACUGUAAUACCCAUAAAGGCAGCUAAAGAGUUAAUUGAGCGCCUUCAUAAGUUAACCCAUUUGAGCAAGCAAAAGAUGAAAACCCUAUUAGAGCGGGGAACCAUGAGCUUACACCUGCCACGGAGAGACAUGCUGCUGCAACAAGUAACUGAAAAUUGCAGGGUUUGUGCGCAGAUCAAUUCAGGGAAUACCAAAAUUGGUCAGGGAAAGCGCCUCCGAGGUCAUCGCCCUGGGAAUCAUUGGGAGGUAGAUUUUACGGAAAUCAAGCCUGGGAUGUAUGGUUACAGAUACCUACUAGUCUUUGUAGAUACUUUCUCCGGAUGGGUGGAGGCCUUCCCCACCAAACAAGAAACCGCGAAAAUGGUCACCAAGAAGCUUCUGGAAGAAAUCUUCCCCAGAUACGGGAUGCCACAGGCCCAUCUACAGGCCCUGCAAUUGGUGCAACAGGAGGUCUGGAAGCCAAUAGCAGCGGCCUACCAGAAAGGGAUAGAAUCUCUCUCCGUACCUCAUCCCUUUAAAAUCGGUGACACCGUCUGGGUCCAGAGACACCAGAUCAAGAACCUAGAACCUCGCUGGAAAGGACCCUAUACUGUACUUCUGACUACCCCCACUACUUUGAAGGUAGACGGCAUCGCUGCCUGGAUUCACGCCUCACAUGUCAAGGCCGCCCGACCAGAGCACUGCACCGAUACGCCAGCCCAAAGAAAUCCAGAGUCAUGGAGGCUCCAACGCUCUCAAAACCCUUUAAAGAUAAGAUUAAUAUGCCAAUAAUAUGCUUGAUUUUAUUACUGCUAGCUGGUGAUACACUAGAGAGCCCCCAUGCCAUAUAUAAAAUAACUUGGAAGGUUAUCAAUCAGGACACCGGGGCAGUCGCUAACUCCACUACCAUGCGGGGUGUUAUAAAUGCAACCUUUCCCCCUUUACAUGUAGAUCUUUGCGACCUAGUGGGUAAGCGAUGGGAUCACUCAGAACAAGCACUCUUCCCCGGCUAUGGCUGUCAACACACGGGCCAGCGCAUAUCCACACGCAAACUUGACAUAUAUGUUUGCCCAGGACAUAACCGUGAUAAAGAGCUCCAACAUAGAUGUGGUGGACCGGGAGAUGGGUAUUGCGCUGAAUGGGGAUGUGAGACCACCGGGACCACCUAUUGGAAACCCACUUCUUCCUGGGACUUAAUCACCCUCCAACGAGGAACUAUCCCGGGGUAUAAUGGAGAUGGUCCCUGGACUUGUGGGGGGCAGGAUUGUGGACCAUGCCAUGAUUCAAGUUCCAAACUCCAGGGUAGCACCCCUGGAGGAAGAUGCAACCCCCUAAUUAUCACUUUUACUGAGGCUGCUAAACGGUCAGCAUGGGAUGCCCCCAAGGCCUGGGGGCUACGGCUGUAGGCUGUAUCGUACUGGAAUGGACCCCUCAGCCACCUUCCUAAUCUCCAGAACCAUUUCCCCCACAGCUGUGGCCUCUAUUGGGCCAAACUCUGUGCUACUUGACCAACCAGAUAGGCCAUCCCAGAACCUCCCUAGACCCAAGCCAAACCCCUUGCCAUCUGUCACCACCCUACCUACCCAUGCUACUGGGCAUAGUAAUGACACUCUACCCCCUAGACCAAAGUUCAGUUCUGCCAGUAGACUAUUGAACUUAAUCAGAGGAGCCCACCAAGCGUUAAACGAAACCCAUCCUGAUAAGGCGGAGGAUUGUUGGCUCUGCUUGACAGCGGCUCCCCCUUAUUAUGAGGGCUUGGCAUUGGACUCUGACCUUAUCAGCUAUACAUCUCCCCCUUCCCGAUGCAGCGAAACACUUAAUCACAAACUAACUCUGCCCCAGGUGACUGGGCGAGGACUAUGUCUUGGAAAUGUUCCCAGAUAGUCUCAAAAACUAUGUAACCGUACAGUCUCAGUAACUCCCAGCAACUCAUACCUGACCGGCCCUAACGGGACUUAUUGGGCCUGCAAUACGGGACUAACUCCUUGCGUCUCAGUAUUGGUUCUUAACAUCACAGCUGAUUAUUGUGUACUCAUCCAGCUAUGGCCCCACAUUACCUACCACUCCUCAGAGACUGUGCUAGGAUACUUUGAGAAUCGUUAUCGAUUCAGAAGGGAACCUGUUUCAGUAACAUUAGCUCUUCUCCUGGGAGUGGGGGGGAUAGCGGCUGGUAUAGGGACCGGGACCACUGCCUUACUUCGGAGCAAUCAAAAUACACAGCUCCAGGCAGCCAUGAAUGAGGAUCUACAAGCCUUAGAAAAAUCAGUUAGAGCCCUUAAGGACUCUUUGAGUUCAUUAUCUGAAUUGGUCCUACAGAAUAGGAGAGGACUAGACCUCCUAUUUCUUAGACAAGGAGGCUUAUGUGCCGCCCUCAAAGAAGAAUGUUGUUUCUACGCAGACAAAACUGGGGUAGUAACUGAAACUUUGGAUAAACUCAAGGAGAGGCUGACUGUCCGUCGAAAGAAUUCUGAAUCUCAACAAUACUGGUAUGAGGGUUGGUUUAACAAAUCCCCCUGGUUCGCUACAUUAGUUUCUACUCUUAUGGGCCCCCUAAUUAUUUUCAUAUUUGUGUUAACCUUUGGGCCCUGCAUUCUCAAUAAACUAGUUCAAUUUAUAAAA